AUGAAUUUAAAUAAUAAUAAUAAUAAUAAUAGUAGUGAUAGUAGUGAUAGUAAUAAUAGUGGGAAACCAGGAUACAAUCAUUUAGAAUGUUUAUCUAAAUUGAUUAGUGUAGAUUUAAAAACACCUAUUGAAAAGAUUGCUGUUGUACAAGAGGGACAACAACAAUGGGUACAACCAAAGAAAGUAAUACAUCUACGUAGAGAUUUAAAGGUAUUUCAACAAAGUGAAACAUACAACACUGUAUUAAAGUUUAUAGUACAACUUACAUUAAAAGUUGAAGGUUUAGAUAAUAAUAGUGAAGUUUAUCUUUCAAAUAAUGUAGAAAGAACGUUAGAGUUGAUAGAUAAGCUUGAUUCAUUUAUUAAAGAUAUACCACCAAAAGCAAAGAGAACUAGAUUUGGUAAUGAAUCUUUUGUUGAAUGGUUUGAUAAAGUUGAAUUGGAAACACCAAAACUUGUUAAAGAUAUAUUAAAAGAUAAAGUUGAUAAUGGUUUAAUAGAAUCAGUUGGUAAAGAUGGUAGUACACAUGUUUACGAUGAAUUGGCAAUCUAUUUAAUCAAUAGUUUUGGUGAUCGUACACGUAUCGAUUAUGGUAGUGGACACGAACUAAACUUUAUAUGUUUUCUAUUGGGGUUGACAAAGAUUGGGUACUUUGACGAAAAGGAUUACGCGGCACUAGUGUUACGUGUCUUUGUCAGAUACAUGAAACUGAUGCGUCUACUCGAAUCAGUGUAUUGGCUCGAGCCUGCAGGAUCACAUGGUGUGUGGGGGUUGGACGACUACCACUUUUUGUCGUUCCUCUUUGGCUCGUCACAGCUGAUCGAACACAAGUACAUCAGACCCAAAUCAAUUCGUAAUCAAGAGACUGUCUUGUCAUUUGCCUCUAGUUUUAUGUAUUUGGCAUGCAUCCAUUUCAUCAUUAGUGCAAAGACUGGAUCGCUGGUUGAACAUUCACCAAUGUUGGUUGAUAUCAGUGGUGUCAAGACAUGGGCCAAAGUCAACGAAGGAAUGGUCAAGAUGUACAAGAAUGAAUUACUCGGCAAACUCCCAGUGAUGCAACACUUUUUCUUUGGAUCGAUCCUUCCAUUCAUUGACGAUGCCAACUUUGUCGACGAAGCACCACCAGAACCAAAACAAAUACAUACUCAUACCUUUUCAUCUUGUGGUUGUAUUAGUCGUGUACCUUCAAUGUUUGCAGUUGGUGAUGAUAGUUUAAAAGAUCUAAAUAUUAUUGAUAAUAUUGAUAAUAAUAAUAACAACAAUAGUAGUAGUGUUCAACAACCAAUUUCAAAUAUAAAUAAUAACGACGAUCAUGGACAUAAUAAUAAUAAUGAUCAUACACAUGAUCAUGAGCAUACUGAAUCAUGUUCUCAUUAA